AUUGGGUGUUGAUGGGUUCAAUACACUCAUAUAUAGCUGGAAACAUUUUGUGAAGAGAAAACUGUGUUAGAUUGUUUCAAACUAGGCGUCCAAAAUUCAAUCUAUUACUCUGACGUAUGUCAGGGUGAAGUGACGUAAUGGUGUACCAGGUUAUAGGCAGUACAGGUGGAGCGGGACAAGCUGGCAGCGUUGUGGGCGGUCCAGCCGGGGAUGGUGGUGCCGUAGUUGUCGAUGCUUUACCAUAUAUUGAUCACGAGUAUGAUGGUCCGGGAGUGCGUGAAGCUGUGUUAGCCAUGGUGGAAGAAGAGACCCGCCGAUACCGACCUACGAAAAAUUAUCUCGAGCACCUCCCGUCGCUCAAUUUGCACGCCUUUGAAACGGACAUUAUGCGAGCGGAGCUUGAGCGUUUACAAUCUCGCACACCAAUGGACAUGAUCUCGAUGAAACGCUACGAACUGCCCCCCCCGGUUCACGGACGCCACAACGACUUACAGGCCUGGACAGAGGCCGUAGAAAAUUCGUACGCACAAUUAGAACAGCAAGUAACUCGCAUUAUUAAUUUGGAACUACUCGAGAAAUACGGCGCGGAAGUGUGCAAAGCCCAUAAUGAGGUUCUUGUCGGUCUAGCGCGGCAUGUUCAGGGACGGCUACGUGACAUGCGCGCACAGAUUCAGGACAUUCACUUAGGCAGAAAAACCGAACAGACCGAAGUUGGUGAAAGAUUACAGCUGCUUGAAUCUCAGUGGGUCGGACUUGUGUCGAAAAAUUACGAGAUCGAGCGCGCCUGUGCUGAACUUGAAAAGGAAAUGGUGGCAUCUGAACAUCAGGAGGAUUCGGCCGUUGAAGGAUGGACUUCUGAAUCUGUAAGAGACGAUAAAAUGGAUAUAUCUAGCAAUGGUGAUAAACACCAGGAUAAUAAAGGUGCCUAUGAGAAGAGUGAAGAACCACCCACCAAGAAGAUUCGGGGCCCCGAAUAGACAUAGUCCGUGCCGUUUCUUGGAGAGAUCUUGUUUUGAGAACCUUCGCUGCGGCCUUGGUUAAGAUGAUGAUGGACAGAGAUGUCAUUGAGUCUAUUUUUUUUGUACGAUUUUUGUUAUAUAUUUACGGUUACAGCCAUGUUUCCGAAGUUAAUUAGAAUUCGAAAUUGAUUUGUUAUUGUCUGUAGAAACGUUUACCCAGACAUUUAUGAAGUGCAUCCAAGUCUUUGAUAGUGACGGAUUCCAGACUGUAUGGACAGUAUACCAAAAUUUCUUAAGAAUUCUUGAAACAAACACAUCGCAUUGUAAAGACCCAGCUGUCGGUCACAACAGCGUACAGAAUGUAUGUUAGAUAUAUUCAAUGUUUCCGAACGAUUUUUUUCGUUUACAAAAUCUACCAAAAACAUUUGAAUCCUUCAAAGAUUAGUUUCUGCUAACCUAAGUGUAUUAAAGCAUAAGAUAUUUGAGAUUCAAAAAAGAUGUAUUACUAUAAUUCGUUAUGAAAUACUAUACGAAUGUUUUCAUCCGUAUAGUACAUUUAAAUAAAAAAGUGAAUGUAUGUAUGUGUA